CCAAACCAAACCAAACAAAAAUAUCUUCCAACACUUCCUCUUCGAAGCUUCAGUCUCCGGUGAAGAUACGAACACGAGUCCAACAGUAUCAAAAACCUCCACCGCCUCUUUCAAGAUUUUUAUCAAACACCUUGUCUGCAACUCCACACAUUACCUAUAAAUAUGGCCCCAGCUCUCACUCCUCCACCCCUUUUAACCAACCAUUCACAACCCAUUUCAGACACAUGGAUCCUUCUUACAUUUCAUCAUCUUCUUCUUCAUACAAUGAUGCUGUAGAGACUGCAAAUGGGGAUGCGGGUGUUCCCAAACCUCUUGAUUGUUUGCAGGGGACACCGGUCCCGCCUUUUUUGUCGAAAACUUAUGAUUUGGUGGAUGAUCCCAGACUGGACCAUAUUAUUUCUUGGGGUGAUGGUGGUUUGAGCUUUGUUGUGUGGGAUCCUGUCGAGUUUUCGAGGCGAAUCUUGCCCAAAAACUUCAAGCAUAACAAUUUUUCGAGCUUUAUUCGACAACUCAACACUUAUGGUUUUCGCAAGAUAGAUACAGACGGGUGGGAAUUCGCGUGCGAAAGCUUUCUUAAAGGAAAACGGCAUCUCUUGAAAAACAUUCGCAGGCGGAGGUCACUGCCAGCUCAGCAGCUUACCGAAGAAAGUAGCAGUCUUUCAGUUGAAGCUGAGGUGGAGAGACUACAAAAAGAAAGAAUCGAAAUGAUGCGUGAAGUUAUCGAUCUACAAGAUCAGCAACGCGGGACCCAUCAAUAUAUGGAAGCAGUCAACCAAAAGCUCCAAGCAGCUGAAGAUAGACAGAAACAGAUGGUCUCAUCACUGGCUAAAGUUUUUCAAAUCACAAAGUUUAAAAACGAGCAUCGUCGUAUUUCGUCUCAACAAAAGGCUCGCAAGUUUAUUAAACAUCAACCCGAUGAUCAUGUUUCAGUUGAUAACACAGAAACUGCACCAUUGCGACUACAUGAUCUUGAUUUGCAGGAACUAGCUCAGGUUAACGAUCGUUUCCCGAAAGAAGAACUUGAUUUCAGUUUUGAUUAUGAUGCUGCAACUAUUGUUAAGCAGGAAGAUCUUUGGAGCUCUGAUUUCGAGACGGUUUCUGCAAUGCCUAACAAUAUGUGGAACUAUGUUGGUAACUAUGAGUAUCCUGAGUUCGGUGCGCCAGGUGGCGAGUUGUCUGAUUUCUGGAAUCUAGCCGAUUCUGGUGCUGAACCUAGCAAGUCGCAGAAAACCGACCAAUAUGGAUUUUGAAUCCUAAGUUGGUUUGGUUGUUAGGGAUAUUUAUAGACUCAUAAAACUAUAAUCCAAUAAUUCAGAUGAUUAGUUAGUUUGUUUGUUUCUUUCUUAUUUUAUAUAGUUUUCAAUAUAAUUACAGUUUAGUUUGAAUGAUUAUUUGCCGCUCGAUCGUUGAGCGGCUUUUUCUAACAAGUAGAUGUUAGAUUUUAUAGAAUUUAAGGUACAUAGAAGACUGUCAAUUACUCAAUUACUGAAAGUAGCUGGUUAGUUUUUUUUUUUUUUUUUUUUUCGGCGCAUAUUUUUUCAAUACAUAUGUUUUUUGAAUUGAUAUUGACUCUAUUUUUCAGUGUGCAUAAUACAUUAAUACUAUAAUCUCACUCUUUCAUUGUUUUUCUUUAUGCAGGUAACUUGGAUGCAGACUAUGACGCAUCGGUAAGACCAGGUACGUAUGUGAAAUUGUCGUCCUUCAACUUUUGUUUGUCGUCUUCACAGUUGUCGUCGGGUUAAAAUAUAUAUUUUUUUUUAAUCUAAAAUGAUGAGUUAUUUUAAACAGAUUAUGCAAAAACUAACCUUCAAGUCUUAUAAAAUUGUUUUAGACCAAAGUUUAAUUUUCCAACUCACAUUAGCUGAAUAAAGAGUUCUAGAUUUUGUUAAUAUUCGACAGUUUUUGUUUAGAACAUUAUGUUAUUUGUAAUGGUAAGUAUCAAAUUAACAAACAAUCACUUCUUGGUUUGUUUCGGUUUUGAUCGAUGAUUGAUCGCUAAAAUUUGUGCUUGAUUUAGAUUAUAAACACAUAAUAAUAUAUUGAACAUCAAAUCAAAUCUUAGCACAAAUUAUGUUGUAUGAUACCGAUUGUCUUAUACAUAACUACAUUAAUCUAAUGGCGGAUUUGGUACAAUCAGGAGGUUCACAAUUAUGUUAUGUUUGUCAGAAUUCGAUAACAAUGCAACACAACCGCUGGAAUAUGAAAUAAUCCAAAUCAACAUUUGAUGUAAAAUGGCUAACGAACUUCAAUCAAAAGGCCGGCUUUUACCAUUUUGAGAUAAACGAAUGAGUGAAGAACACGAACUGAUUCAACGACUUGCUUGACCCGUUCGCUUCCAACUAGACAAUCAAAUC